UGUGGCUGGUGUCAUCUUAGCUAGCACAGCCCUGCUGGAGCCCGGGACAGCACAGCCACGUCCAUGGCCCGUGCUCCCCGCCACCGGCGCCUGGUCCUGCCGCUGCUGUGCUUGCUCUUCCAGGGCGCCACCGCCCUCCUCUUUGCGGUCUUUGUCCGCUACAACCGCGAAACCGACGCUGCCCUGUGGCACUGGGGCAACCACAGUAAUGUGGACAACGAGUUUUACUUUCGCUACCCAAGCUUCCAGGAUGUGCACGCCAUGAUCUUCGUGGGCUUUGGCUUCCUCAUGGUCUUCCUGCAGCGCUACGGCUACAGCAGCGUGGGCUUUACCUUCCUCGUGGCUGCCUUCACCCUGCAGUGGGCCACACUGGUCCAGGGCUUCCUCCACUCGUUCCAUGGUGGCCACAUCCACGUUGGUGUGGAGAGCUUGAUCAACGCUGACUUCUGUGCGGGCGCUGUGCUCAUCUCCUUCGGGGCUGUUCUGGGCAAGAUUGGGCCAGCCCAGCUGCUGCUAAUGGCCCUAUUGGAGGCAGUGCUGUUUAGUGUCAACGAGUUUAUAUUACUCAGUCUCCUGGAGGUGAGAGAUGCUGGAGGGUCCAUGACCAUACACACAUUUGGGGCCUACUUCGGGCUGUUCCUUUCACGGGUCCUCUACAGGUCCCAGCUGGAGAAGAGCAAGCAACUCCAGAGCUCUGUCUACCACUCUGACCUCUUUGCCAUGAUUGGGACCAUCUUCCUGUGGAUUUUCUGGCCCAGCUUCAACUCUGCGCCCACGGCGCUGGGGGAUGGGCAGCAUCGGACAGCACUCAACACGUACUACUCGCUCACUGCGAGCACCCUCAGCACCUUCGCCCUGUCAGCCCUUGUCAGUGGGGACGGACGGCUAGACAUGGUCCACGUCCAAAAUGCAGCACUGGCUGGAGGUGUUGUGGUCGGGACAUCAAGUGAAAUGAUGCUGACACCCUUUGGGGCUCUGGCAGCUGGCUUCCUGGCUGGGACUGUCUCCACGUUGGGGUAUAAGUUCUUUACGCCUGUCCUCGAAUCCAGAUUCAAAAUGCAAGACACGUGUGGUGUCCACAACCUCCACGGGAUGCCAGGCAUACUGGGGGGUAUCCUGGGAGUCCUGGUGGCUGCGCUGGCCACCCAUGAAGUUUACGGAGAUGGCCUGCAGAGUGUAUUUCCACUCAUGGCCGAGGGCCAGCGCAGCGCCACGUCUCAGGCCAUGUAUCAGCUCUUCGGAAUGUUUGUCACACUGGUGCUUGCCUCUGUGGGUGGCAGCCUUGGAGGGCUGCUGCUGAGGCUGCCCUUUCUGGACUCCCCUCCAGACUCCCAGUGCUUUGAGGACCGGAUUUACUGGGAGGUCCCCGGAGAAGAGGAGGCUGAGGUCCAGAUGCCUCUGAGGGCUGAGGAGCCAGACACCCAGGCCUAACUGCUGCCAGUGUGACCCUGUCCUCA